CAUCAUGGCAAUAUGGGGAUUUGAAGCUUCAACCCCCGAAACUCACAUUCGCUCCAGAUCAUCGUGUCUUCCAGGGCUUACUCAAUGGCUUUCUGUAUAAUCUCUUCCAAAUAGGACCAUCUGAUUUGGUAGCCGACAACCUCGCGACGAAAUACAUCUCUCCCGAGUCACACUUCAGCAUGGCCGGCAUCGACGCGUUCUUCCGGCCCGUGCCGCUUUUCGGCGCCGCCGCGCUCCUCCGUGUGGUGAUGCUGUACUACGGCCUAUGGCAGGACGCCAACUCCGCCGUCAAGUACACCGACAUUGACUAUCUGGUCUUCACCGAUGCCGCUCGCUUCACUGCUCAAGGGCGUUCGCCCUACGACCGCGAAACUUACCGCUACACGCCACUUUUGGCGUGGAUGCUCGUGCCUACGGCGUGGCAAGGAUGGUUCUCGUUCGGCAAGGUCAUUUUCGCGGUCGCUGACUUGCUCGCUGGGUUCUUGAUUGUACGGAUUCUCGAAAGGCGCGGCGUGGAGAUGGGAAGAGCAUUAAAAUUCGCCAGCAUUUGGCUGCUGAACCCCAUGGUCGCAACGAUCAGUACUCGUGGAAGCUCUGAGGGACUCCUGGGUGUAUUGGUCAUGGCGCUACUUUGGGCCGUACUCGAAAGACGGACAACGCUGGCUGGGCUGUUGCUUGGCUUCGGAGUCCAUUUCAAGAUCUAUCCUUUCAUCUAUGCGCCGGCAAUUGUGUGGUGGAUGGAUGAGGAGGUGCUCGGUCGAAAGGGGACAGGUUCCGCUCAAACGCGGACUUUUGGCGAAGCCGUUGUCAAGUUUCUCAAUGCUGAAAGAGUCAAAUUGGCCAUCGUCAGUCUUGCGACCUUCAUGGGGCUCAAUAUCGCCAUGUUCUUCAUAUACGGCACGCCGUUCUUGGUGCACACUUACCUCCACCACGUCACCAGAAUCGACCACAGGCAUAACUUCAGUCCUUAUAAUGUCCUCUUGUAUUUGACGUCCGCGUUCCCAUCCACGGCUACUCUUCGCAUCGAAUCCGUCGCAUUUCUACCCCAAAUCCUGCUAUCAACGGUGCUUAUUCCGUUCACCCUAGCCAAGAAGGACCUUGCAACUUCGAUGACGGCGCAGACGUUUGCGUUCGUGACCUUCAACAAAGUCUGUACGAGCCAGUAUUUCCUGUGGUACAUGGUCUUCCUGCCCAUUUACCUCCCCGGCUCACAGUUCCUCAAAAGUCCGAAGCUCGGGGCUACAGCAUUGGGUCUUUGGAUCGUGUCUCAGGCUGCUUGGUUACAGCAGGGCUUCUAUCUGGAGUUCUUGGGCAUUAGCACCUUUUUUCCGGGCUUGUUCGCAUCAUCCGUGGGAUUCUUCCUCGUUAAUUCUUGGAUCUUGGGUAUUAUGGUCAACGACGGCGAGUCAACAACCAUCCAGACAGGUGUGAAAGUCAAGCAAUAAGACUUGAUAAAUUAUGUAAAUGCUAUGCGCAAUGAGAAAGAUUGAGUGACUUCAAGGAUUUCACCUCUUGGUGAACCGGACGGGUUACCCGUGUACCCCUGGCCUGUUGAUGAACGUUGUCAAGCCACGAUAUAUACCUAACGAACCAAUUUUGUCUGAAUAAUGUCCAUGUACUUAGCCUAAUGUCAAAUGCAUGCAAGACCCUUUUGAUUGAGUUCGCGAGGUCCACAAGAGAGAGAGAGAGAGAGAGGCUCAAAGGGGUUGUGGUUGUUGCCUGAAAG